GGAGCAGGAGAGGAGGCUGAGGAGGGAAAGAGAGAGAGAGGAGGUGCUCCGCCGGCGGGGAGGCAGCAGGAUGGUGGCGGAGGCAGGAGAGCCUGCCAAGGGCUGAGGGAGAAGGCGGGAGGGGAGCAAGGAAGCCAGAGGGGCAGGGGACCCCCCCACAAAAGAAGAGAACCCCGCAGCCUCCAAGGGGAGCGAAGCCAGCGGGAGCAUCCUCCUCCUCUUCUCCUUCCCCUUCUAUUCUCCCUCCGCAUCCUUACCCCCUCCCUCCCUCUCUUCCCCUUCUCCUGCUGCCAUGGCGGACCCGGCGGAGUGCAGCAUCAAAGUCAUGUGCCGGUUCCGUCCCCUCAAUGAAUCCGAGAUCCUCCGCGGGGACAAAUUCGUCUCCAAAUUCAAAGGCGAGGACACCGUCGUGGUCGGGCAAGGAAAGCCCUAUGUCUUUGAUAGAGUGUUACCACCCAAUACAUCCCAGGAACAGGUCUACAAUGCUUGUGCCAAGCAGAUUGUUAAAGAUGUCCUUGAGGGCUACAAUGGCACAAUUUUUGCUUAUGGUCAAACAUCUUCAGGAAAAACACAUACCAUGGAGGGGAAGUUGCAUGACCCACAGCUAAUGGGGAUAAUUCCAAGAAUUGCACAUGACAUCUUUGAUCACAUCUAUUCCAUGGAUGAAAACCUAGAAUUUCACAUAAAGGUGUCCUACUUUGAGAUUUACUUGGACAAAAUAAGGGAUUUGCUGGAUGUUUCAAAGACAAACCUUGCAGUUCAUGAAGACAAGAACAGAGUCCCAUAUGUCAAGGGCUGUACAGAGAGAUUUGUGUCUAGCCCUGAAGAAGUUAUGGAUGUCAUUGAUGAAGGGAAAACCAAUCGCCAUGUAGCUGUUACAAACAUGAAUGAACACAGUUCUAGAAGUCAUAGUAUUUUCCUAAUUAACAUCAAGCAAGAGAAUGUUGAAACUGAAAAAAAACUCAGUGGAAAGCUUUAUCUGGUAGAUUUGGCUGGGAGUGAAAAGGUCAGCAAAACUGGGGCAGAGGGCUCUGUUCUUGACGAAGCUAAAAAUAUUAACAAGUCAUUGUCUGCUUUGGGCAAUGUGAUCUCAGCAUUGGCAGAAGGAACGAAAACGCACGUCCCAUAUCGAGACAGCAAAAUGACCCGGAUUCUUCAGGAUUCUUUAGGUGGGAAUUGUAGGACCACCAUUGUCAUCUGUUGUUCCCCAUCCAUUUUCAAUGAAGCAGAAACCAAAUCCACUCUAAUGUUUGGACAAAGAGCCAAGACUAUUAAGAAUACUGUCUCAGUGAAUCUUGAGUUGACUGCUGAAGAAUGGAAGAAAAAAUAUGAGAAGGAGAAGGAAAAAAACAAGACACUGAAGAAUGUUAUCCAGCAUCUGGAGAUGGAGCUAAACAGGUGGAGAAAUGGAGAGGCUGUUCCUGAGGAUGAGCAGAUCAGUGCUAAGGACCAAAAGAACUUGGAGCCAUGCGACAACACACCCAUCAUCGAUAACAUUAUGCCUGUUGUUGCCAGUAUUUCAGCGGAGGAAAAGCGGAAAUUUGAGGACGAGAUCACCAGUCUCUAUAGACAGUUGGAUGAUAAGGAUGAUGAGAUCAAUCAACAGAGUCAGUUGGCUGAGAAACUAAAGCAACAGAUGUUGGAUCAAGAUGAGCUCUUGGCCUCCACAAGAAGGGAUUAUGAGAAGAUCCAAGAGGAACUCACCCGCCUCCAGAUUGAGAAUGAAGCUGCUAAAGAAGAAGUGAAAGAAGUCCUUCAGGCUCUGGAGGAAUUGGCAGUUAAUUAUGACCAGAAGUCACAAGAAGUGGAGGACAAGUUGAGAUCUAAUGAACAGCUGGCAGAGGAACUUGCGCAAAAAACAUCUGCCCUGAGCACGACGCAAAGAGAACUGGGACAACUGCAGGAGCUCAGUAAUCACCAGAAAAAGAGAGCUACUGAAAUCUUGAAUUUACUGCUUAAGGACCUGGGAGAGAUUGGAGGAAUUAUUGGUACCAAUGAUGUUAAAACGCUAGCAGAUGUGAAUGGAGUGAUUGAAGAGGAGUUCACCAUGGCACGGCUCUACAUCAGUAAGAUGAAGUCGGAGGUGAAAUCUCUGGUGAACCGUAGCAAGCAACUGGAGAGUGCCCAGAUAGACUGCAAUAGGAAGAUGAAUGCCAGCGAGAGAGAGCUUGCUGGUUGCCAGCUUCUCAUCUCACAGCAUGAAGCCAAGAUCAAGUCUCUCACAGAUUACAUGCAGAAUAUGGAGCAGAAGAGAAGGCAACUGGAAGAGUCACAGGACUCACUUAGUGAAGAGCUGGCCAAACUUCGUGCUCAAGAAAAAAUGCACGAAGUCAGUGUCAAAGAUAAAGAGAAGGAACAUUUGACCUUGCUUCAGGAUGCAGAGGAGAUGAAGAAGACAUUGGAACAGCAGAUGGAGAGUCACAGGGAAGCUCACCAGAAGCAGCUGUCUCGGCUGAGAGAUGAGAUUGAGGAGAAGCAGAAAAUGAUUGAUGAAAUCAGAGAUAUGAACCAGAAGCUGGAACUGGAACAAGAAAAACUGAGCUCUGACUAUGAAAAAUUAAAAAUCGAAGACCAAGAACGGGAGAAGAAGCUGGAAAAGCUGAUAUUGCUUAAUGACAAAAGGGAACAAGCUAGAGAUGAUCUGAAAGGACUGGAAGAAACAGUGGCUAGAGAACUCCAGACUCUCCAUAAUUUACGCAAACUCUUUGUUCAGGAUCUCACCACCAGAGUAAAAAAAAGUGUGGAACUGGACAGUGAUGAUGGUGGUGGAAGUGCUGCUCAGAAGCAGAAAAUCUCUUUUCUGGAAAACAAUCUUGAACAACUUACAAAGGUUCACAAACAGCUGGUACGUGAUAAUGCAGAUCUUCGCUGUGAGCUUCCUAAACUGGAGAAACGACUUCGGGCUACAGCAGAGAGAGUCAAAGCCUUGGAGAGUGCAUUGAAGGAAGCCAAAGAAAAUGCCAUGCGAGACCGGAAGCGAUACCAGCAGGAGGUAGAUCGCAUUAAAGAGGCAGUGAGAGCCAAGAACAUGGCGAGGAGAGCACACUCUGCUCAGAUUGCCAAGCCAAUACGCCCUGGACAUUAUCCAGCAUCUUCUCCAACAGCCAUUCAUGCCAUUCGAGGAGGAGGAUAUUAUCACAACAUGAAAUAAAUAUAAGACAGGCCAGGCUCCAUUUCGCAUAUGGAAACUCAUAAUCAGCUCACUAGAUCUUUUCCUCCUCGGAUUGGAUCUGUACUUCUGUUCAUUGUAUGCAUCCUAUAGCCAUCUGCAGUGCACUCGUUUCAGAAUUUUUCAGCUUUGUAGAAUCUCUAUGUGUACAGAAAGUGUGCCUCAAACCCAACUUUUCUUCUAAAACCCUGUACAGUGUAUCUAACACAUGCACCUGGGCUAACAGUAGGAGUCUGCUGCUCAAUCUCUACCACUGACUGAACGUGUUUGACUCUAUUGUGCCAGUUUGGUUGGGGCAUUGAUCCUGGCACAGAUGCUUCUUUGUUUUGUUGUUCUUCUGAAGGACUCUGUUGCAUCCACACAACCCUAGCAUCAGAGAAUGAACCAUUCAACAACCAAGUGCCACCAAAAGCAGUUGAUUGUGUUCCAUCAUGAUUUUCUGGCUUCCUGUAUAAUAUGCAUAUUAUUUUAUAUUUUAGAGGAUGUGUGCAGUUAUAUGGUUUGAAAAAACCCAACCCAUCUAACAUGCUUUCCAGAAAUAAAAAUCCCCAAAGAUGCGUUUCUUAUAUCUUGGUGAAAUCUUUGGACUUGGUAGACAUCAAACUCUAGGAAUGUAGAGGAAUUUACUAGUAUAGCUCUAGGUCAGGGAUGGGGAAAGUGUGGCCUGCAGGCAGUUUGCUGCCCCCCAAUUCCCCUUUUUGCUGCUUCUGUGCCCCCAAAUUCCUUAAAUAUUUUGUAAAAAUUGCUUUGGGAAAAGAGUCACCCAGAUCAGCCCAAAUCACCGCAGGAAUCCACAAAACAAGCUGAGCAUUAUCCAUAACUUCAUUUUUUUUUUUUUGAAGGACUUGAAAACCAGAGGAGACUUCCAAGACAUUUUUUGCUGGUUUUCAAUGAAGAGUAAAAACUGGCCCCAGUUGUAGAUGUUUGUCUCUACUCUAGAUAUUAAAGUUUAGCAAUCCCAUCAUAAUCAAAUAUCAUAAUUUAGCAUUUGAUCUAUAAUCAUGGUUCCUUUGGUCAGAAAUGCCAAUAACCCUAUAGAAAUGUGGUUCAGAUUAAAAUUAAAUUAAAACUAGUUUAAACCAUGUUUCGCCUCUUCCUUCCCAACUCAAUUUCUUUAUAAUUUCAAAAGACCCCACUAUAAACCAGAAAGCUGAGAUAGCAAUGUAUAGUAAUGAAAAAAUGCUCUUGAGGGUGAUCAACAUUAACAAAUAUACAUGCUUAGUGUGUAGUGUAAAUGGAGUUAAAGAUGGAAGGUGUCUUUUUGUUUAAAAUUGAAAUGUAUAACAAUAUAUGCUGGAACUGAUCAAUAUGCAAGUCUGCACAGGGAUAGUAUAAUUUUAGCUCACUCAACCAAUAGGAAGAUUAAUAGACUUCUUUUAAGUUCUCUCUUCAUGACAGACAGUGGAUGUUAUUUUCUUUUUGUGGAAAGCAAACAUAACCAGAGAAAAUACAAUAUGUAGGCAGGUUAUAAAUCUGCUAUUUAAAUAUGCCUGUUGUGUUUCUGUCAUAUUUCACAUAUACAUUUAUUAUGCUGCACAUUAAAAUGUAUGGUCCUGAAGGAAAAUGGGUUUUCAAAGGACAAAAUUAGAGUUGACAUUCAUUCAGUCCUGGUUGAUGCUGUGACUAUAUGUAUAUAUAGAUAGAUUGAUUAGUCAAUGGUACAUUUGGGAGCUUCUAAACAUAUUUGGUGGAUAAGCUUUGACUUCAACAUGGUUUGGCAUAGCAUAUACCUCCUUGUGUAGAGCUACCACUAACUGUUCUGAGCCAUUGAUCUCCACCAUCAUAGGACCUAAUGUAGAUAUACUGAAGCCAUGCUCCAUGGCCAUCCCAUGCUCAGUAGGGAACAGGGCUGUCGGGGGCGUCUCGGCAGUGUCUGGCUGUGUCGCUAUAGAUAUGAAGAGAAUAUCUUAGAGUUUCACUGGGAUAGUCUAGAUCAGUGGUUCUCAACCUGUGGGUCCCCAAAUGAUUUGGCCUUCAAUUCCCAGAAAUCUCAACAGCUGGUAAACUGGCUGGGAUCUCUGGGAGUUGUAGGCCAAAACACCUGUGAACCCACAGGUUGAGAACCACUGGUCUAGAUUUUGAUGCCCCAAGACAAUCUCUUUGCAUCUUGCUAUGGGGUGCAGGAAAUCCCUCUUUCCUUCCAGGUAUAGUUUGGGAUUGGCAUCUGUGACAGGAGUGAAUGCUAACCUCCACAGUGCUCGAAAAUAACCAUAGACACGCAUAAAGUCAAUGUAUGUGUUUGUGUGUGUAUAAUGCUAUCCAUUAAAAUAUUAAUCUGGUCCAAAUACUUUGCAAAAAAAAAAGACAAAAAACAGGAUCUGAUUCCAGACAUUUUGUCCCAAUGUUGCUUAGAAGCUCUCACUGUAGCAGAGAUAUUCAGGUUUUGUUUAAUUUAUUAAGAGUUGCACUAUUUGUGGGGUUGGAGGUUGACAUUUUUGUUAUAUAUUUAAUGAAGGAUUUCUCAUCCUUGUUUAAUUUAUUCUGUUGAGUUUGGGGUUUUGUCUGUAAAUCUUGUUUUUCUCUUUAAUAUACAUGUAUAUGCACUGCCAGUAUACUGAAAUGUGAAUUUGCUAUAUCCAAACUUAGAAUUAACAUGGCCAACCACUUUGUUACAUGUAUAAAUGCCAGGAAGCCUCCUGUUAAUCAUGAUUCUACAUCAGGGGUCUUAAUUGCCAGUUUCUAUGCUGUAGUAGCUACAAUAAGGCUGCCUGAAAUGAUUUCCGCUAUUUGGGAAUUGCUCCAAAUAGCGGUCUUAACGUCUACGUUGAAACGUGGUAUGAUUUUGUUGUUUAUGUUUGGUUUGCAUUCUGUGGAACAGUGUUCAAGAAACCGUACGCACUGGGAGCAUUCUACAUACGAAAUUGUCUAAAUAUUACAUUUAAAACAGCAUCUAAUACCAGUGUUAUAAAAAUGAAUCAAAUAGUCAGCAUUAUAACAUACAAACUAGGACACCAUCUGGACUGCCAUAUAAUGCAUUUUCAGAAUGCAGUUUAACUGCAUUGAAUUGCACUAUAUGACAGUGUAGACCAGGCAUGGGCAAACUUCGGCCCUCCAGGUGUUUUGGACUUCAACUGUCACAAUUCCUAACAGCCGCUAGGCUGUUAGGAAUUGUGACAGUUGAAGUCGAAAAUAUCUGAAGGGCCGAAGUUUGCCCAUGCUGGUGUAGACUCAUCUAAUCCAGUUCAGUGCAGUUAAACUGCACUAUGAAACUGCAUUAUAUAGCAGUGUUGAUGGGGCCUAGGUCUUAGGGGUGAAUGCAAACCAUGUUGUACAGUGUUUUUUCUUGUAUUUUUUUUGUCUGGCUGAGCAGCCAUUGCCUAUUACUACAUUGUUUGGUGUUCCAUCAAAAUAAAAAUUCAGCAGGAUCAAUGCACUCCCCUGAGCACGUUAUACAUGGGACAGUCAUCACAAGGAUGAAUGGGAAUUGGGUGCAGUGAUGUAUUCUGGUACCUUUAUCUUUUGAAGUUUGUCGUUUUCCAUACGAGUCUCUGAAGCAUUGUGGAAAAGUUAGCUUUAAUGCUUCUUUAAGGAUAAUUGCCCUGAACAGCUAGUUGCUGAUCGGCCAGUCAGUUCAUCUAGCUGGUGCUUGACGCCUCAGAACUGAAUUUUCCAUCCUGGUUCAGAGAAGACAGGUUUUCCUGAAAUUUGGAAGGCUCAAAAGGGGUGAUGCAUUACAGUCCACAAAGCUGGAUUUUUAAUGUGUUCUCACAUCUUUGUCUUAUUUUGCUGCUAAGAGCCACUUCUUUGCUUCAGAGUUCCAAAUCUAAUUUCUCAAUUACAAUUUUAGCAUACUUUUAGAGUACUAUUUUUGCAGUAUUUUUGUACACUAAAAUAGAAAUUUCAUCUCUGCUAUGCAAUCAGCAGAAUUCUGUUUUCAAGUGAUUGACAUUUUAGAGGGAUUUUUUCCCUUGCCUUUUAAAAAAUGUUAAGUAUUAUUUCAUCUUGCUUUAAAUAAGACUUAAACCCAUUAUCUGAUAAAUGAACAUGUCAUGCUACUUAAGGGAGAAUUUCUGUGUGACAUUUUGUUGGUUUUUCAAAUUGUCCACUGUAUUUUUCCCUUACCUUCCAAAACAGUUAUCGUCAGGUACACUUUAUAUUUUGUUUUAUAUUUUUCCCAUUAAGACAAAAGGUAAGAUCAAAACUAUGUUUGCUAAGGAUGUAUUUUGCCAGGCAAAUGUGAGAGAAUGGACUGUCUUGAAUCUGCUAAACUGAAAUAAUUUAAAGUAUAUUAGUCUAUAAAGUCUGAAUAGUCCUUGAAGGUUUGCUGCAUACAUAUCUCAGUGACUUGGGGGGAACGCUAUUUGAAAAUGUAGGAAACUAGAAAAUUUACUUCCAAAUUGAAGUCUAAAUUAUGAUAAACCUGACUUUGUGAUAACAAAAUACCACAGUUCCUCUGUUUCUAUGGUGGAAACAGGAAACCAUGCAUAAUGGUGACUGAUAUUAAAAUGAUCACCUUAUACUGAAAGUUAUUACAGAGUAGCCCUACAGCAGUGGUUCCCAAACUUUUUUGGUCAUUUUUUGGUCAGAAGGCAUUUAUUUUCUGUGGAACCCUAAUUCUAUUCCUGAUUUGUUUAAUCAUCAUGUUUCCAUGCUGGGACAUGAGAGAAGUCUCCCACAAGGAAGGUAAAACAUCAAAAUAUCCAGGAAUCCCCUGGGCAACGUCCCUGCAGACGGCCAAUUCUCUCACACCAGAGUGACUUGCAGUUUCUCAAGUUGCUCCUGACAAGAAAAAAGAAAAUUUUGCUAAUUCAAAUAAAUUUUUCCAAUUAUUUAUAUAAUGUUUAGCUUUUGAGUAAAUUUUAUGCUUUAUAUUCUAUAAAUAAUAUUCCAAAACAUAUUUCAUUUCAAAACUGUUCCAGAAAGAAAAAAAAUUGAAAAAGGAAAUGUGGAAUCAACGUGAAAAAUUGACUGUGUAUGAAUCACUCAUGUAUACAAAUACAAUGUCGAAAUGUGAAGCCAGUAACUACAUACCUGAAUCCAAAAGUUGUAGUACAAAAUAGCUAUUAUGAAGGCGGUAAAUAAAAUAGUUGGCUUUGUGUGGUUUUAUUUUAUAACCUAUUUUAAAUUAGAUUUUAUUUUAUUUUUUUAUUAUUUUUUGCAGGAGCCCUUUGGUGCUUUGCGGAAACCUAGGGUUCCAUGGAACACAGUUUGGGAAUUGCUGACCUAAAGGGCCUAGCAGAUUCUCCGGGAAUUUGCUAGGUUCUCUAGAUCAGUGGUUCCCAACCUGUGGGUCCCCAGAUGUUUUGGUCUACAACUCCCAGAAAUCCUAACAGCUGAUAAACUGGCUGGGAUUUCUGGGAGUUGUAGGCCAAAACACCUGGAGACCCACAGGCUGAGAACUACUGCUCUAAAGCAACUCUGUGAUGACUUCCAUUGAAAACAUGUCAUAAAGUCACCUGGAAGAUGUAGAAAAUUCCUAGAGAGGGCCUGUUUUGUCAGAUGUGGGUAGGUAAAACCUAUAUACCAGUCCUGCAGGUACCGAGGCCAUACUGUACCACGCAUCUCAAACUAGUCUUUAAAUUUCAUAUGGCCUCAAAGAAUAGAAACUGUCUCUGUUUUAGAAAGUGCUACGCGUGUGUGUUCCCCAGGCAAGCUACAUUGAAACAGAGGUUAUGCAGAUUGUAAUGGACUGUGCCUUUUGCCUUCAUACCUCUUUGGGGCAAGGGAAUUUAAAAACGCUUUUCAAAUAUGAACUAGCCAUUUACACCACAAUUUUUUAAAAAAUCUGCCUACAGGAUGAUGUUCUCUCCUGUGUGUUGAUAAUUAGCUUGACUUAAUGCCUUUAUGAAGCUAAAACACACACUGAACAACUGUCUGUCUUAAGCACCCUUACACCAUAUCACUCUCAAGUUAGUGUCUUACUCCUAAAUACUUCUGUGUCUGCCAUUUUUUGAAACACUUUUAAUAGUAGAAGAAAGAACAAUAGGAAUUCAGGCAUUCUGUAGAAGUAUACAUGUCUAGUUUGUAAAGUGUGUAAUGUGUACUCCAGACGUGUACUCUCUGGGAUCUACGUAUCUGUACCGUAGCUUGUUUGAGGGGGAUAAAAAUGAAACGUGGAUAUACUUUUCUGAUGGACACAACCUGGGGAGAAACUGCCACUGUUAGAAACGAUGUUGGAAUAAAUCAAACUCUAUAACACCAAAUCUGGACCUCCCUUCCCUUCCCCAUAGAUAAGUCUUUUGAUCUUGAUUCUGAAAUACUAUCUAUUAAAAUGUAUAGAUACACUGGCAGACUGCAUGAUGUAUCAUCCAAGAACUGUUAAAGUGGAAAUAAAAUGGAAGUAAACUUUCCAA